CGACCCCUCCCAUGCGAGUCGCUGCGAGUCGGCGCGCGUGCGCUCGGCUCCGCCCAGACCGGGGGGGGGGGGUCCCGCUGAGUGGGGCUGGCCCCCACCCCCACCGUGGCUAUUUCAGCGCUGCCCGCCCAGCGCGCCUCGCAUCAUCCACGUGUCUGAGGAGCAUCCCCCGCAGCAUCACCCUCCUCCUACUCAGCAUCACCCUCCUCCUACUCGGCAUCACCCUCCUCCUACUCGGCAUCACCCUCCUCCUACUCGGCAUCACCCUCCUCAUCCUCCUACUCGGCAUCACCCUCCUCAUCCUCCUACUCGGCAUCACCCUCCUCAUCCUCCUACUCAGCAUCAUCCUAACUCAGCAUCCAUCUCUCCGUCGUCGUCGGCGUGCGGCGCGCAGCAGCAGCAUCAGCUCGACUGCCCCCAUCUCCAUCCGAGAGGAGCUGGAGCCACGCCUAACCCAUCCGCAGCGCGGACAGGAAAGGAAAUGGAGGCAGGGAUAAGGCUUGCGAUGCUGGGAUGCUUUGUGUUGGCUUCUCUCAUGUCAUCUGCUCAGUCCCAAAUGUUACAUGGAUGCUUGAACGUAGAAGCUGACCUUGUCUUCCUGGUCGAUGGUUCCUGGAGCAUUGGAAGAACAAAUUUCGAGGAGAUCCGAAACUUCUUGCUGGCCAUUGUGAGAGGCCUGGAUGUCAGGCCCGAGAAGGUGCGGGUGGGCCUCGUCCAGUUCAGCUCCGAGCCGCGCACCGAGUUCCAGCUCAACAGCUUCUCAUCCCAAGACGCCGUACUGGACGCCAUCGCCAAGCUGCAGUACCAAGGGGGUGCCACCCGCAUGGGCAUGGCGCUCGACUUUCUGAUAUCCAACCAUUUUGUAAAUUCGGCAGGCGGCCGAGAAGGAAGUGUGAAACAGGUCAUCGUUUUGAUCACAGAUGGAACCUCUCAGGAUGACGUGAGGCAGGCUGCGAGCAUCUUGAUGCAGAGAGAGGUGACCGUCAUCGCGCUGGGCGUGAAGCAGGCGGACGAGUUGGAACUCAAGUUGAUUGCAGGUUCCAAGGUCUUCAUGACAGACGAUUACUCGGCUCUGAGCAGCUUCUCUCAAGAGGUUUUGAUUGAAAUCUGCUCUCAACCGGACGCGUUGGUCGUGAGAAGUCAAGUGACUAUGGACCCUUGCGAAAUGAGCAGACCUGCCGACAUCGUCUUCCUGAUGGGAGGAGAGAAGAACGCCCCGACGCUGCAGAAGCUGCGAGCCCUCCUCCUCUACAUCAUCGAUGCCCUGAGGGUCGGUAGCAGCGAAGUUCGCGUCGGUCUCCUCCGUUACAACGCCGACCCCAAGAACGAGUUCUUCCUGAAGACGCACAAAAGGAAGGAAGACGUCAUAAAGGCCUCCAAGUCUCUGCAAGUCAGAAAAGGGAGCCCGAAGCUCGGCGCCGGUUUGAACUUCGCCGCCAAGAAUCAUUUCACCAAGUCUGCUGGCAGCCGCGAGCUGGAGGGCGUGCCGCAGAUCGCAGUCGUCUUGGCAGGAGCGUCACCAGACGACGAUGUGUUGGCGGCGGCGGAGGAGCUCAAGGGUCAGGGGGUCGCGAUCUUCGUCAUCGCGACCGAAGACGCGGACAUUGCCGAGCUGCAGAGAGUUCCCAGCCAGUCAUCGUUCUUGCUCACCUCCGUCGACCAGGCCACGAUUUUGCAGCAAUUGUGCAAGUACAUCGACCUCCACCUCGCACCUUGGCCACUGAAGCCGAUGGGAGAUUACAUGCGUGCCCCGCCAAUGGACGUGGCCUUCCUAAUCGACGGGUCAUCAUCCGUGGGAGAGAUAAACUUCCGCUUCAUCAAAAACCUUGUCUACUCCUUCGUGUCGGCGCUGCCCGUCGGCGUCGACAACGUCCACGUGUCCGUGGUGCAGAUCGGCGGCGCGCCGCAAAUCGAGUUUACGCUCGAUAAGUACUUCGACAAGGAGAAGGUCCUCCGUGCCAUCGAGGGAGUCACGCUUCAGGGCGGCACGGGAAAGAUUAGGCAAGCUAUCGAGCUCUCCAUCAGCAACGUGUUCUCUCAGAAGGGCGGCGGCCGGGCACAGAGCGUUGUUCCACAGCUGGCUGUGGUGGUGUCCGGCGGAGAGUCCGCGGACGACCUCUCCGGCGUGGAGGCCCUGCUGAAGCGCGCCGGCCUCACGGCAUUCUGCAUCGGCGUGAAGGGCGGCGGAGUGGCCAACCUGAACCUGAUAGCGUCGUCGCCGCGUGACGCCCACGUGCACCUGGUGCAGUCGUUCCAGCAAAUCCAGCGUGUCAUGAAUGAGGUCCUCAGCACCACGGUCGCAGAAGUAGAAAGGAAAAUGAACAAAGUGAUUGUCAGGUCGACGAGUACCUCCUUUAAUCCAAAUAUGCAAUGCGGCAUCAUAGCCGACGUGGUGCUGGUGAUCGACAGUUCGACCAGCAUCAGUCCACAGAACUUUGAGAACACGAAAGACUUCCUCAGCAAGUUGGUGACGAACUUCAGAAUCUCGGCAAAUGCCGUAAACGUUGGCGCCAUCCAGUUCAGCACCAACCCCACGACCGAAUUCCUGCUCACAGAUUACGAUACGCGCGAGAAAGUGGUGGCCGCCAUCCUCGCUAUCAAACAGCAGAAGGGCGACACCUACACAGACAAGGCGCUGUGGCACGUCAAGAACAACAUGCUGGGCGAUCGCAAGGUGUCCAAGGUGGUGGUGGUGUUCACCGAUGGCGACCCCACCAACAAAUACAAGGUCCCCGCCGCGGCCGCCGCGCUGCACAACCAGGGCGUCAAAGUGGUGGCGAUCGGCGUGGGUGAUGUCCGCUUCGAGAACCUCAAAGUCAUCGCCAGCGAGGAGAAGCUCGUGUUCCACCUCGAGAGUUUUGAAGACCUGCCAAACAUUCGGGACGAGGUGGUGGGCAAGAUGUGCGUCGGGGAUGAGCCAGCGCCAAGCACGACGCCUCAGCCGCCACCGAGUAUGACGGAGUGCUCGGUGGAUGUCCUGGUCGGGGUGGACAUGUCUACGAACAACGCGGCGGACUACCAGAAGUUGAUCAACCCCCUGAAUGAUGUGCUCGGGGCUCUUGGGCAAGUUGAGCGCGUCAGCUGCGACAUGGGAAGCACUCUGCCCACCCGGCUGGCGCUGUUGGCGGCAGCGCGCAACGGAAAAACGCUCGUAGAGACCGGCUUCAUGCCUUUUGGCAACACGUUCAGAGAGGCGGUUGAGAAAAUCAAGACGGCGGGGCCUUCCUUCCUGAACGAGCAGGUCCUGGGAGCCGCCCUGGAAAAGAUGGAGAAGGAUAAAUAUUCCAGACUGAAGGUUCUCAUAUAUUUCACGGAUGGAUUGGAUCAAGACUUGAGCAAGAUGCAGAAUAUCAUUAAAAAACUACACACCACAGGCAUUGUGAAGGCCUUCAUCACGGUGAGCCUGCAAGGUAUGGCCCAAGAGGCCGAUAUCUCCAAGGUGGAGUUUGGCCGUGGGACGCGGUACAAUCGGCAAAUCGUGCUCGCUCGCUGGGACCUGCAAAACGAGCUGGCUGUGGAGCUCAACAGCGUGGCGGAGCGCAUCUGCUGCGGAGUGAUGUGCAAGUGCAGCGGGCAGUCGGGCCCGCGCGGUCUACAGGGGCCGAGAGGCCCGCAGGGCAACGUUGGACUACAAGGUUUCCCUGGCCACCCCGGGGAGGAAGGGCCCACUGGAGAGAGAGGCCAAGUCGGCUUGAAUGGAACCCAGGGCUUCCAGGGCUGCCAAGGUGUCAGGGGUCAGAAGGGUUCACCAGGGACGUCAGGACAGUUGGGAACACCAGGUGAGCAUGCGUUGGAUGGGAUUAAUGGCCAAGACGGGGAGCGAGGGUUCCCUGGAGUUCCUGGAAUCAAAGGCAGUAUGGGAGGAGCGGGAUCACAAGGACCUACAGGAGAUGAUGGAGCGCGGGGUCACCCGGGAUUCCGAGGAGAUGCCGGUGAGCCUGGAGUGGCGAACAAUAAGCAAGGUCCAAACGGUGAGAUCGGAUACCCGGGACCUCAGGGUGAUAUUGGCAAGAAUGGAUCAGAUGGACAACCCGGUGAUGCUGCAUCAGUGGGUCUUAAAGGAAUGCGGGGUCCACCAGGAGAAAAGGGCGGACGUGGGGAUCAGGGAGGAGCAGGCUUGCCGGGCAUGAGGGGAACUGUCGGCGUGCAGGGAGCCCAGGGUAAUCCUGGACCUCCUGGCAAGAGAGGGGACCCCGGAUUCCGUGGUCCCAAUGGUGUUCCUGGGACGCCUGGAGUCGGUGGAGAUCCUGGAAAAGCAGGCCCAAGAGGCUUGAAGGGUCAACAAGGAAUUCUCGGAGACGUGGGUCCCAGUGGUCUCGAUGGAAACCGAGGGUCGACUGGUUACCCAGGGGCAGACAUGAUUGGACCCAAGGGAGGUGUUGGCAAAAAGGGCGACGAUGGCUUUCUGGGCUACACUGGCAUCCAGGGUAAUGUUGGUGACGAGGGACCAGGAGGUGACGAUGGACCCAAGGGCAUCAGAGGUCGCAUGGCAAAUUCGGGGAAAAAAGGCUCUCCAGGAGAGGGAGGGGAACUGGGACCACCUGGUCCACUGGGACUCAAAGGAAAAGCAGGCCAUACGUUGUCGAAGUGCGACGUGAGAAAUUUCGUCCGAGACAGAUGCCCGUGCUGCAAGUCCGACUGCCCCAUCUAUCCCACGGAGCUGACCCUGGCGAUUGAAACGUCUUCCAAGAGUACAGAAGCACUUUUCACCACGACCAAAAACCUCAUAGCAAGCUUGCUGAGCAACGUCACCAUAGCCGCUGCGACCUGCCCAAAAGGAGCCCGCGUUUCUGUCCUCCUGUACGACUCGGAGGUUCGAACCAAGAUCCGCUUCGGCGAGUUCACCAACGGGAAUGCUCUCAUAAAAGAGAUCGAGCAGCUGCCGUUCAAAAAGUCAAACAGACGAGCGAACCUGGCCAAUGCAAUUCAAGUUGUGCAUAGGAAUACGUACAAGAGGGUUCGCGGGGGGUCCAUGAUACAGAAGGUGGCGAUAUUUUUCACCGUGGAUUCCGAAAUGAACAACUACGACACCAACAUAGCCAUAUUCAACAUGGCCGUCAAUCAGAUCAACGCUGUCGUAUUUGCCUAUGAGCCAUUGCCAAAAUUGCUACCCGCUCUGCAGAUCGGACUGCCAACUUCGACCGUCAUUCAGGUUCCGAGGAAUAAGGUUCCAUCGCAAACGGAAAUUGAUAAAAUUCUUAAAAGCACUAUUUGUCUUGACGUCUGUGCUCCACCACUAAAACCAAUAGAAAUACUGAAUGUAGAUUUAGCUUUUGUGAUUGACAGCUCCGAAUCGAUCCGUCCUCCUGAUCAUCAAAAUAUUAAGGAUUUCCUCAAACUUAUUAUUGACCAGUUCGAAGUGGUCCGAGGCAAUAAUAGCACUCGCAUAGCAUUACUUCAGUAUUCGCCUCCCACUCUCGAAUUCGAUUUCACCUCCAGCUUAAAGAAGGAAGACAUGAAGAAAAAGGUGGAUGCAAUGGUUCAUUUAGAGAGCAAUACUCUCACUGGCACUGCUAUUAAGUAUGCGCUGGACAACAUUUUCCCCAUUGAUUUGCCUAACCCUCGCAAAGUUAAGGUUAUAUUUGUGCUCACGGACGGAGAGACGAAUUUAAAAGAUCAGAGUAUAUUGCAGAGGGCUGUUCUUGAGGCCAAAUGCAAAGGAAUUGUGAUUAUGACUGUAGGUGUUGGCAACUACAAUCAGUCAGAGUUAGAUUUCAUUUCCAGCAAGCCUUCUACUCUGCAUUCCAUUCGCGCUGCUAGCUUCAUUGAACUGCCAAACGUUGAGGACGUCAUGAAGUUGUUUAAAGUCUGGUCAGGAAAUGUCAUCAAAUACCCAGAUGAAGAAACACAAAAGAAGUGCACGGAGCUUUACAAGUCUCAAGCUGACAAUGGCUAUCAGGAUAUUAAGGUGACCAUAUCAGAGGACACUCCUGGGAAGGAUAACGCCGUUCAGCAGAUCACGACAAAGAACAUCACGGAGAAGAGCUUCGUAGUGUCGUGGAUGGCGGCCAGUGGCGCGUCAGAGUACGAGGUGGUGGUGAUCGACGUGGACACACGGAAGCCCAUCCUGAAGCAGCGCACCGUGGCCACUGAGAUGCUGGUGUCAGACCUGGAGUGUGGCCACGAGUACACGGUCAUUGUCAACUCCAUCCGGCAGAGGCAGCAUAUCGAGAGAUACAUGGCGAGCCAGGCCACACGGAUGUCUCCGCCCGAGGCGGUGGUCUUGCAUGCCGUCGGGGAGAAGAGUGUCACUGUCCGCUGGUCCCCACCGCGGAAUGCUCGUCCCUCCUCGUACAACGUGUACAUUCAGAAGCUCCCCGAUGGCGAGACGUGGAGCGUGAGCUUGGAUGCCGAGCGUGAGGUGCACACGUUUGAUGGCCUGGAGCGCGGCACUCUGUAUUUCGUGGCUGUGACGGCGCUGAGCGGUCAUUCAGAGAGCCAGCCGGUCGGUGUGCAUGCCCACACAGGGGUAUCCUCACCAGGGUCGGUGGUCUUGCAUGCUGUAGGGGAGGAGAGUGUCACUGUCCGCUGGUCCCCUCCCCGGAAUGUUCAUCCCUCCGCGUACAAUGUGUACAUUCAAAAGCUCCCUGGUGGCGAGACGCGGAGCGUGGAAAAGGAUGCCAAGCAUGCGGCACACACUUUUCAUACUCUGGUUCCCGACACGUCCUAUUAUGUGGGAGUAACUGCUGUCUAUGGGCACGCAGAAAGCAGGCCCAUCUGGAUACAUGCCCAGACAGAGAGUGCUGGAUCUGCCCAAGUACAGCAACAUGACUUUACACCCAGUGCAGUGCAUUCAGAUAUCUGCUCACUUCCAUUGGACAAAGGCAGCUGCUAUGACUACUCAGUGAAGUGGCAUUACGACCAGACGCAGAGAAGCUGUAUGCAGUUUGUGUACCGUGGCUGCACGGGCAACGCCAACCGCUUCGACUCGCACAUGGAAUGCGAGUCUGUAUGCCUUACCACCGGUCUCGUGGGAGCAGGGACACUCCGCGGUGACAUGGGACCACAAGCCGCUCUUGUAAAGCACAGCUGAAAAGUGUUCUAAUAACCUGCAUAGCAGUGAACACAAAGUGUUACACGUUUGUGAUAUCAAAUUGUUUCUGUGCCUGUUGUUCGUAUCUCGGCUCAACGUAUCCCCACUGAUUAACCAAAGAUAUAGGUGCUAUAAUUCUUAAGAAUUACAUAAUUAUUUUAAAGUUAAAAUUUUUACUUCUAAUUUUCUAGUUAUAUACACAUUCAGAGAUUGGCAUAUCAGUUGCCUCGGACUCUCACGUUUUAUGACUGCGUGUUGGACUCUGAUGCUAUUUUACAUUUAAAAAAACGACUUUACAUGAGCACAAUACAAAUUAGGAACUGCCCACAUGGUCUUCAUUGUAUCUGUGUAAACUGUCCAUUUUUAUUGUGCUGUUUUUUUUUUAAUGGCAUACGUGGGAUUUACCUAAAAUUACUAGGCGUUUAAAAAAAAUUAACUAAGUUAAUUAUUUUUAUUAUGAUUACCCAGGAAAGACUCUGAAUUUUGAGACUCUUUCUUCAAGAGGAGCCCCUGCCAAAUUGUUCGCAUCAGGGAUGAUCUCGCUCCGUGUAAUCCCAAUUCAGUAAUUUUCAUGUACAUUUGUAGCAUCGUGAAAUUUGGGCCAAUGCCAAUUACAAUGUUUUUUUUUGUUUUUGUUUAGCCAUAAAUUUAGCAAUAUCCAGACUGUUUGUCACAGAAGCACCCAUGAGAUAAACUGGUCUCUGUUAUCAGAAACACCGCAAUGCCAUUACAUUUAUUUACGAACUGAAAAGUGUAUUUAUCAAGUUCCCGAGACACGACAACAACAAAGGGCUUCCUUCAGGGUGCAGGAGAUUGAGAUCGAUGGAAUCUGUUCAGGGUGUUUAAGCAAUAGUAUAACUUAACCGUGAAAUAAACGAUACAACUUUUAAAAAUCCUCAUACUUUUUGGAGUCAUUAUCAUACGGACAAGCACUCCUGAAUUAAACCACUUUGCGAACGCUGACAAAUCAGCGGUUUCUUUGAGUUGUGGGUGGACUGCAGUAAACAACAGACUAAAGUACACAUUUAGGAGCAUAUCUCUCGUGUCCCUUACCUAUAUGUAUCCUGCUAAGAUGUAUAAAUGUGCUGCAUAUCCGUAAUACAGACAAUCUCCAGUGCACGUUUAUCAUUUCCUGAGGAAUAUUUCACGUAAUUCCUCUUGGUGCCAAGAUUUCCCUCGUCUCUGCCAGCAUCUCUUGCUACUCGGCGUAACAAAAUAAAUAUACCAAUGGUUUAUAUUGUUGGCUGGCGUAACACUCGCUCAGUUUUUUUCCCAGUUCAACAAAAUUGGGUAAGAUUUGAAUGUACAACUAUUCCCACGUAUGUUACAAGUUGUAUUUGUGCACUGUAUUUGAGGGAAGAAAAUAAAAAAAAUGCAUUUAUAUCAAUGCAAAAAGUUUUUUUUUUAUUUGAAUAUUAGCUUUAUGAAAUAAAUAUUGAAAUAAUU